GACACUCGCCAUUUUCCCUCACGAGGACCAGCAAAAGAAGAAGAAGCUUUCGUUGAACAUCGCUCUUUUAGCCGAAAUGGCAGUGUAAACGUGUGCCGCGACCCAGCCGCCAACAAAACAGUGCAUCCCGCCAGUGCACUGAGUCACUUCAAAUUCAGCACCAUGUUGUCCUUCGUGGAAACCCUCACCACUGCUGCAUUCGACAGCAUAAAAGAGUUCGAAACCUCCCUAACGUCACGCACCCCGUUUGUGACCAACAACAGCCACUAUGACCAUGACGAUGACAAGCUCACAGUUUGGCCUGGAAGACAUGGAGGCCCUUCUCUGGGGACCUUUCUCUCCCAUGGCUGACGCCAUGAGCCUCCUUUCUUCACGCCCUGACCAAGAAGACCAACAGGAAGGAGGAGGGGCUUCGUUGGAGGGGGACACUUCGCCUGUGUCACCCCUCACCUCCUCAUCGCUGUCCUCUUCCUCCUCUCCUCCUCCCUUCUACUCUCCUCCUCCCUCGCCGCCGGCCGUCCUCCUCCAGGGGGACAAAGCUGGGACGGACCUGCUCUCCCUCCCCUGGUUGGGCCAACCUGAUCAUCUGAGACAGGCUGUCUCAGAUGAUGGCAAAGAGGAAUUGUUUGGUGACCUGGACUGGAUGGCUGAGAAGGUGGAUCUGAGCGAGUUGGACAUUGAGUCUCUGAUUGGCUGCGAUCCUGCUGAAGACGGCCCCAGCUCUCCAGAAGACCUCCUCGCCUCCCUGGAUUGCUCCAUGGAGCUGGACUCCCUCCCGGUGCCCGCUUUCUCCACUCCUGUGCUCUCCGGUCCCUCCUCUGCUUCUCCACAUGUCCCCCCCGCUCCCGCCGUCUGUCCAGAUCCUCCUGUCAUUGAAGUGGAUGAGCCUGAGUCCUGCGUGGACGAACAGGAUGUCCCCUGUGUCCAGAUGUGCGUCCCCGAACCGGAACAGGAGCUGGAAAUCAAAUCUGAGCCCGCCUCUCCAGGCCCGUCCUCCCCCGCGGUCGAUUCCCCCUCCUCCCCAGCCUACACCCUGGACCUCGGCAGCGAAGUGGACGUCUCAGAGAGCGAGGUGAAGCCGGUGGUAGCUUCAGUCGUGUCCCCGGUCCCGAGGAUUGUGCUGUCCCUCUCGCCGACCCGCAUCGUCCUCGUGCUGGCUCCUAAAGAUGAAAUCGGGAUCACCACCACCACUGUAACCACUACACCACAGAUUGUCCGUUCCUCCCCUCCACCAAAAUCCUCCAGAAGCAGACCAUACCCCGAGCCCGCGUUUAAACCCAGUCCACCAUCUCCCAGUGCCACCAGUGUCAAAGUCAAGCUCCCACGUGGCGCAGACAGAGACGAGAGGGUGUCUUUGAAGGCACCGAAGAUCAAAAAACUGAAGAAGAUGGAGCAGAACAAGACGGCCGCCACGCGUUACAGGCAGAAGAAGAAAGCCGAGCAGGAGUCACUCCUGGAAGAGCACACGCGGCUGGAGAGGAGGAACAUGGAGCUGAAGGAGAAGGCCGAGUCCAUGGCGAGGGAGAUCGAGUACCUCAAAGAGCUGAUGGAGGAAGUCCGCCAUGCCAGGACCAAAAAAGGUCUCAGUGGUGACCUCUAGUGGUCAGACCCGACAAUGACGGAUGAUGUCUGACGUGACGAUAGAGAAAGUGUCUCAGCAGUUUUUAUCACACAAAUAAGUAAAAUAUGUAUUUUGUCAGCACAGCAUGUCUUCAGUCCACAUUAAAACUUCAGGAUAUCCUUUUUAACUAUUUAAACACUGGUAUUAAAUAUAGAAAACUUUUGUCAUGUUUAGAGUAAUUGUAUGGAAACGAGUAUUUUCCAUUCAGUAUAAGCGUGUGUGUAUUUAACGUAUAUUUUUCCUAUCUCUGGACCUCAGUAACCUGCCAGUAGGAUGUAUUUUAAAAAUGUGUAUUGUAUAACUGCACCACCUGUAUUAUGAAUCUCUUAAUAAAGAGUCUUAAAACUAA